UAACUCAGCCUCUUUCCUUGGCGGAGUAAUAAAAAAAAACACACGACUUUGAUGCUGGUCCAAAGGGGUUUUAUUUUGAAACAGGAUACCGGAAAUUGCACUCUUGUGUUUUUUUUCUCUGCUCUUGACACUUUGGAUGGUUCUGUCUUUCCAUACAGGUGUGCCUGGAUAUUUCUUUGCCAGGCGGUGAGCGUUGCGUGUUUUGCUGUGUGGAUGCACGAAGCUGCAGCGGAGCGGCUUCUCACACUGACAGCCGAGCAGCUGGGGCAUGCAUCCUGUGAGCACAGCGGACCAACAAGCUGCUGUAGUCUGUGGCACGUCCACGGGAAUAAAACGACGUCUUUUGCUGUAUAUACAUGAAAACAGUGGAUUACUGGAGCUGCAGGAGGUGGCUUUGAAGCAAGAUCUCAGUCUGAAGGAUCAGGGGGAAUCACAGAUGUGAGAGGAGGAGGCAGGUGCGUUUCGAGAUUCGCAUCUUUUUUUUCUUUUUUUAAAAUCUGAUUUUCGUCCGGAUCCUGUGAAAUGCAGCCUCUACCUGACAGAUGUGUGACACCACAGCUGCAGCCUACAGAGAGAGUCUCCUGUCUACCUGCUGCUGAUCUGCUGUGGUUGGCUGUGGAGGACUGAGACUCCUGCAGCUGCAAAUCUCCUCAUCAGCAGCAUCUGUCACUUCAAACGCAACAAGACGCAAGGGGACGGAGGCUGCUUUUUGCCUGAUCAAAGUGGCAGCUAGUCAGAAAGUACCUGUAGACGAUGACUCCGGUGGAGCUGUUUGCUUGACAGCAGCAUGAGAUAAUUGAGGACUGUCAUACUAAUCGCUGAUUCAAGCUUUUUCUUUCUGUUUGACGCUGAUGAAGAUGUUCCAGGGUGUCGUCAGUUGACUGACAGGGUGGCAGUGGUGCUCUAGUACGGGACACAGCCAGCAGCUGAAGGCACAGACACCACCAAGGAGAUGGCUCGUCCGGGAUCAGGGUUGCUGGUGCCCAUGAACGGGUUGGGGUACCCGCCUCAGAACCUGGCCAGGGUGGUGGUCUGGGAGUGGCUGAACGAACACGGGCGCUGGAGGCCCUACAGCGCGGCGGUUUGCCAUCAUAUCGAGAAUGUACUGAAAGGUGAUGCCCGCGGAAGUGUGGUUCUGGGACAGGUGGAUGCCCAGCUGUCCCCUUACAUCAUCGACCUGCAGUCCAUGCAUCAGUUUCGACAAGACACAGGCACCAUGAGACCAGUGCAGAGGAACUUCUAUGAACCAUCGUCCGCCCCGGGGAAAGGCGUUGUGUGGGAAUGGGAGAACGACAACGGCUCGUGGACGCCGUACGACAUGGAGAUCUGUGUGACCAUCCAGAAUGCGUACGAGAAGCAGCACCCCUGGCUGGACCUGACCUCUCUGGGCUUCUGCUACCUCAUCGACUUUAACAGCAUGUCUCAGACCAACAGGCAGAGCCAGCGCAAGCGACGCCUGCGGAGACGAAUGGACCUGGCCUACCCGCUCAUCAUGGGCUCCAUCCCCAAGUCCCAGUCCUGGCCCGUGGGAGCCAGCUCCGGCCAGCCCUGUUCCUGCCAGCAGUGCAUCCUAGUGAACAGUACGAGAGCUGCCUCCAACGCUAUUCUGGCCUCUCAGCGGCGGAAGCUCUACGGUGGAACGGCGGGCAACCCGGGUGCUACAGGAACCCUCACUGUAGUGCGGCAGAGCAACACCUUUGCGGGGACCUCCCUCUGGUCUCCAACAUCCGGCUCCUCCGGCACCAACAACAAUAACAUAAGUGUAGGAGGCGGGCAAGCUAAAGCGGAACAGGUGCAGCUGCCUCUGUCCACUGCCAACUUCCCCUGUUCCCCCGUGAUGCCAUCUCUUUCAUCCGCCCAUGGCCACCACGCUCUCACCAUCAACGGACAGAACAACCUGAACCGGCCGGGCACUCAACGCAUUUCCAUGGGAACUGCCAGAGGAGCCAUCCCACCAGGUGUUCCUGCCCUCCCAGUGAAGAACUUGACUGGCUCUGGACCAGUGCACCCAGCGCUAGCAGGUAUGACAGGUAUCCUGAUGUGCGCUGCAGGUCUGCCGGUUUGCCUGACUCGAGCCCCGAAGCCUAUACUACACCCACCACCCAUCAACAAGAGCGACAUGAAGCCGGUGCCAGGGAUCAAUGGCAUGCGCCGCAAAACUAAGAAAAAGCACCUAAGGAGAGGGAAAAACCCAGAGGAUGUGGUGCGAAGAUACACAGAGAAGAUUAAAGUGUUGCCAGAUGAGGACUGUACCAUCUGCAUGGAGAGGCUGGUCAUGUCAUCAGGCUAUGAAGGCGUCCUGCAGCACAAAGGCAUCAAGCCAGAACUGGUGGGCAAACUUGGCAAGUGCGGGCACAUGUACCAUCUGCUGUGCCUGGUGGCCAUGUACAACAAUGGCAAUAAGGAUGGCAGUCUUCAGUGCCCAACAUGUAAAACCAUCUAUGGGGAGAAAACGGGCACCCAGCCCCCUGGGAAGAUGGAGUACCACGUCAUCCCCCACUGCCUGCCCGGCUACCCAGACUCCAAGACCAUCCGCAUUGUCUAUGACAUUCCUGCCGGGAUCCAGACCAAUGAGCACCCCAACCCCGGGAAGAAGUUCAGUGCGAGAGGGUUCCCUCGACACUGCUACCUCCCCGACAACGAGAAAGGCAGGAAGGUUCUGAAGCUACUGAUCAUGGCCUGGGACAGACGCCUCAUCUUCACCAUCGGCACGUCCAGCACCACAGGCGAGUCAGACACUGUGGUGUGGAACGAGAUUCACCACAAGACAGAAUUUGGCUCCAACCUGACCGGUCACGGCUACCCCGACCCCAACUACUUGGACAAUGUCCUGACAGAGCUGUCGGCCCAGGGGGUCGGCGAGGACAACCUGAAGGACUGACGGCCAGCUGAGCUGGUGCACAGGAACUCAAAGCCCGCCAUCUCUAGAGAACAGGGACACUGCAUGAGGGGCCAACACGCAGUCGACAAUUCUUUACUCCCCACAAACAAAAAUAUCCUACAGAAGUGGUGGCACGAGAGCAAUGGAAGCAAAACUAAUGGUUCUAAUCGAUGUUAUGGUUUGUAUAACCUAGAAUUCCCCCCUGCUGUCUCUUUAUUCAUGCCUUGUGCAUGGUGCGUCCAUGGCACGUGAUGAAAGUUGAUGGUGAUAGGUGCGGUUAAAUGGUAUUAAACCUGUUUUUGGUUCAACUGAAACCGUUCGGCUGUACUUGCAGUAAACCGACAAGGGGCCAGAAAUAAACACAGGCAUAUUUGUAAAUGCUGAUCUCCAGAAUGCAUGGUCCCGACUAACGCUGCGUAAUGAAUGUCGAGCAAAUACCUGCAGAAGGGUGAGCUGUCAGCGGAUCAGCUGUUGCUUGAUGUUGUUGAGAUACAUUUAAGAGAAUUUCAGCUUCUCAAUUGAUUGAAAAUUGAUUACUUGCUCCCCCUUUUACUAUUAUUUAUAAUUAUUGACCUGUUGUGAAACCUGGCUUUGUGAUUUGAAGGAGAGGAUCUUGGCUCUGAUGAUGUCAUUUAAAGGUUGCACUGGGCAUCUCUGACUUUUUCCACUUGUGGUACGACAGAUCAGUUAUUCUGUGUGUUCUGUAGUGCAUGACGUAGAUUCCAGAGAGCUACAGGCUGUGAAAUAUUGAUGUUUGGUAAUAAAUGUAUGUUGUACGGUUAACCUUGUAGACUGUCCGUGAGAGGAGACAUGAAAUGGAUGAAACAAGCGUCUGACCAGUCAGUUUACUGCUUGUUGUGAGGUGUUGUAACUUGAAAGGCUGAGGUUGUGAAGUGGGAUUUGCGCCUACGCUCCAAGGUUAAACUCGUUUGUUUUGUUGACACACUGAUGACGCUGACCUCUGUGAAUAUAAAGCCUGCAUUAUUAUUCUCCCGGUUGGAGCGAACCCAGGCGUUGGCACGAUCCAUCAUGCUGACCAUACGUGAGGGGUGAGCGCCGCGAUUGCAUGCAAGGAGGCGUUAUUAUGCCGGCUUUGAGUCCUUGAGGAGAAAAGCUGAACACACAGAUGGGUGUUCCUCUUUCAAACCUCAACGGUUUUCCCACUGGAGAUCCAUCUUGGCCAGCGCUCCUGCUCGCCCCGAGAUCUACAAGUCUCUCGUGAGCCUGUUUGCUGUUAUUCACUCUGCUGGGUUCAUCUGCUUGUACAGCGAGUGGUGAAACAUCUCAUUCCCUGCGUGAGCUCUCUCUUAGUCAUUAGGUUGAUCCUGAUGUAUGGCUUCGGCCUCACUCACCGCCUCCUCCUCUUCAGCUGCAGAGUGCAUCAUUCUAGAAACCAUGCAAAUGCUGGUCUAGUAUGUUGCUGGUUGAGGCUUUUUUCCCCUCCUCUUUCCCACCUUGAUUUCAUGCCUGCGAGCUAAAGACUAUUUGAAGGUCCUUGCUGGAGAUCCUGUGAUGUUUCUUUACCCAGAGAUUAAAGAUAGCCCAGUGCUGCAUAAUUCUCCAUAAGUAUAUCUGAUCAAUUUUAAUGAGCGGGGGUGUCGGUGGAAAGUUUAUCAUGUGGGCACCCAGCUGUGGGCUUAAUUUGGGGGUGAAUCAUAGUCUUCCAUAGCACUUUGAGGCAACAUUUUUGUUCAAUCAGUCAUUUAAUUUUUAGGAAAAUGUCUUAUAUUGCAAAGAAAACCUGUCUUUUUUUAUGUUGAUGUUUAUAAAAUGGCUUGCAAUGCUUUAAAAAUAUAUAUAUAAUAUACAUUUGCAGAUGUGAUAUACCUUUAAAUUCAAGCUCAAUUUGAGUCAAUGGUGUAAGUUUAAUUUAUUUUUAUACUCUUCUAUGUAGAAAAUAUAAAGACUGUCCCACAUAUCUAUACACAGGCACAUAUUAACAUGAAUACAUAAAAUCUGGCAAAAUUUGUCAGUAUGUCAGGGACUGAAACAUGUAUGACUUGUUAUGGACGUCUUAUAUUACAAGUAGUCUUAGCGUAUGCUGCUGUUGUUACCUUAAUGUAGAAUCUGUGUAGUUGAUCCCCUGUGGGACACCAAUAAAUACAGUAAAUGUGUCUUUAUUAUUGGUGGGGAAGCUUUAGCAGCAUGAAGAUGGCUGUUUCCCCCCAAAUGGGCAAUUUCUCUUUUUUCUACUUGUCCAGAAAAUGGGAAUGGAUGCAGUCAGGCAUUUUUGUUGAGUCUGAAGGUGAAAACAGCCUGGGUUAAAUAUCAAACAGCAAAUCAUCUUAAGAGUUUGUUUUAGCUCACUGGAACAAGAAAUUGGUGGGAUUUGCUUCAGUUAAUCAGUAAACAGGACAAAGGAUGCUGAUUUAAGGACCCUAAAGAAAUGUUUUCCUUCUUAAAAUCACUUUCUGACAUCAAAGCACCACAGAUAUAUGCACACACAUGCUACAUUCAUACAGAUAACCAUGUUGCACAUGUCUAUCAGGUAUAUUGACGGCUAGAAUAAUCACAGACCACUUAAAUUUUUCCGCUGAUUUCCAGCUGCUUGGUUUCAAAAACAAUAUUUUUCAGUGAUAUGUGAUGAUGAAUGAUGCAUCGGUAGAUGACAAUUGUGAGUUGUUCCAAAAAUACAUUAUCCUCUGUAGAUCAUAAUAUUUACUUAAUGUAAUAAUUAAGCAAACAUACCCGCCUUAAUUUAUUUCUAAGUGUAUCGGUCUUUGCUUUUGCUAUAGAUUGGCUUCGUGUACGUUUGUUUGGAAAUUUUCAUAUGAAUUUCUUAAAGAUCUAUGUAACCAUACCCAGCUCAAUUUAUUUCCAAGUAUAUUUUUUUAUUGUUUUGGCUGUAAAUAGACUUUGUGUGUGUUGGUUUGGAAAUUUAUAUGUAAAUUACUUAAAGAUACAUGUAAAAAAUUAAGCACAUUUCUGACACGCCUCACAAUUCAGUUGCAAUUGCAUUUCAGGUAAAUUAUUAUAUACACAUAUUCUGUAUAUGUAUAAAUAUGAAUAUAUAUUUUACAUAAGUAAAUAUUUCCACUAAGAUAUACAUUAUUUUCAGAAAUUAUACAUUCAGUGUAUCAGCUGGGUUUUCCUGAGUUACACACAGCUUAACUUAGUGUGUCCUUACCGUGAUAUCAAAUCAACGCAUUUGGAAUACUAAGAUACUGUAAUUAUUAUGCAAUUUCUUGGCGUAAGCAUUCAUUUCAUCCCAAAACAGCACAAACAACUGGUGUUUUGUAGUAUUUCAGCUGGCUUGAAUCCCUCUGCAAAAUGGCAGCCAAGCAGAGACACGUUCACAAGCUGGUAAGAGGUGUUUCUCCCAAAAUUAGAACUGUGACGAUUUUAUUUUUUAGAUUUAUAUUUACCUGUCUGUCAUUUUUUUCUGCGAACUCCACCACCGGAUGAUUAGUGCAGUUCAUAUUGAUAUUUUAUAAUCACAAAGGAUAUUUUGUCCAACAUUAGCUUCGAUUACUGUUCAUUUCAUCAUGAAUGUUUCACUUUAAAGAUGCUUAAAAUGCAAUUCUAUUCAGCAUUUUUAAAAUAAUUGUGUAUCAAAUGAGAAAGUGGAAGCAAUGAGAAACAUCACCUGAACCUGCAGCUCCCCUGCUUAGUCGUCCAGCUUUUAACUUCACUGUUUGGGUUCCCUCUCACACUGUGUUCAGACAGAAGGUGAAGAGAGAAAAGUGCAUUAGCAGAACAUGGAAAACCCAAGAUGCUAAAAUCACAGAGCAGCAGCUUCAGUCUUUCAUCUGUUUCUACACAGAAUACAUGCAGCCACAGCUAGGAGGUGUAGCUCACCAGCAUACAUGACAACACAUUCUGAUGCCAACCUCUAUCACCCAGUGGAAAAAUCAUAAAUAUCCAUGGAUAUAUGCAUAUAUUCAUAUAUUUCCACUUUAUUUUAAAAGUAUAUUAACUGUUUUUGUUUAACUUUAGGUGUUUAUGAUGCAAAAACACAGGAAACUACCAUAUAUCUGACUGAACUUUCGCCAAACGUAUGUUAAUAUUGAUAUUUUAUCAACCAUAUGAUUCAAUCUAUGCAUCCAUUUGAAAGUUGUAUUGGGGAAAUUCAUGUAAUUUAUGUGCUUUCUGUUUAAGUUGACAUAUUUGCAGCUGGAGGAGAAUGCACAGUCACUGCUAUUAUGGAUAAAGAAGAAAGAAAAAAAGGCCUGAGGCUUGGUUUGAGUGUGUAGCAUGAUUGCUACAUGAGAAAAACAUCUUAGCUGGAAGCGCGCAUGCCUUCAUUGUGACAUUUUUGUCCACACACAGCUAAAAUCCCACAGUGUACAAAAUUAGGUUAUAAUUUAACGAGUAGCUCGAUGCAUUUAGCAGCUAAAAAGCCAAAUAUUUCCUCCAGGAAUGUGCAAACAGCAAAAACAGAUCAAAAAGUGAAUUAAUAUUGGAGUAGGAAUUCAACAGGUGAACCAAAACUGAAUGCUAAAGAAAUGCUAAUCUGUUUAUGAGUUGACUAAAUGUGGCAUUCCCUGCUUCCACUGCAACCAAAAAACACGCACUGUAAACAUUAGUUGUUCCACAGUUAAGCAUUUACUGAAAUACUUCAAGCCGCUAAUAAGGUUGUAUUUCGUUUAAACUGCUGUUCUGUGUUUUUAGGCUGUUCCCUACAGAAGCUAAAACAAACUGCUUCAAGUCAUUUGAAGUUUGAUUUUGACCCAGGUGGUAAAUUCUUUUCGCCCUGCUCCAUUUCAAGUUCUCCCCUUCACACCUUUUUGACACCCUUUAUAAAAAUGGGACAGCAAGAGAGAAUGCUUCCGAUCUAUCAGGGAUUCUUUUUCCAUGUUGAAUGAAGUUUCAUGAACUAGAGAAAUCCAAAUGUUUGCUUCUUCAACGUUUCCUUUCCGUGUGUCGGUCUCGCGGUGUGAACGAUGCAGGCCCUUUAGACUUUUCAGGUGUGUACAGACGUCUAUGGGAACGACGGCUAAAACGGGCUUUGGUGUUUGUGCGAAUUCAAGAAGAGAGAGAUGGUUUUUAUGCAAUCUACUAUUUUUAAGAUCCAAUACAUGAUUUACUGUGUAGCAAGAAGGUGGAUUCUUGGUUUAAAUGACAAUGGAUGUUUUCUUCAUGGGGUGCCUACCUCCAGGAUUCUAAACAGAAAGGGGUUGCAAUCGGAGAACGUUCACAUGCUAUGUAUUAGAAAACAUAUAUUUUUGAUGUCUUUUUUGAAUGAUUGUCUCUAAAAAAAAGAACUAUAACAUAACAUUUAUUGUAUUACUCUUAUUAAGAUUCAUUCCAUACUAUCCAUUUGAGUAGAAGCAGGAUAAGGGAUUAAAUGGCUUUGUCCUGACAUAUGAAGUAUUUACAGUUGUACCCUCUCGUAGUGUCUACUGCAAACUGUACUUCUGUCUCUAAAUGAUACCUUAACAUUUUGUGUGGAUAUACUGUGUGUUUGUAUCCGUCUGUCUGUGUGGGUGUGUGUGAGUGUGUCGCUGAAGUGGGCGUCUAGUAGACAAAGCUUAGGUUCAUGUCCUUUAAAGAUACAGUGAUGUUCUCCUAGAGGUGCAUGUUAACCAAACUGUGAGCGAGUUUAUUGACAAUGCAUAGCUUUUUCUUUUCUUUUUUUUUUUUUUAAUGUACGAAAACAUCAUUGGCUUCUUUAAAAGCGUCACCCUGGUUUUCUGGUGAUUUAGCACUGUGGUUUUGCAACUUACUCCAGUUAGUUAGAGCGGUCUAUUUUCUUUUAUUUCUCCUCUAUCGGCUUUGAUUUACACAGAUGGGGACGUGAUGGCGUUUGGCUGCCCUCCUCACUCUUUUGACGACAUGUAAAACAUCUGAAUGUUUUGCAUUUAAGUGCCCAUUUUAAUUGACAUCUUGGAAUCAUGACUUUUGCGGUUUGAUUUCUCUUCAGCAGCGUCUGCGCAUUGCUAUUUAAAAUGGUUCACACGAGGAGAAAUUGAAACAAACUAAAAGCGAGAUAUAGAGAGACAUUGAUUAAACUAUAAAGGGCUUCUUAAACUAUCGGUCUUUAUUGAAUUGUGAUGACCUUGUUGCAUGUUUGUGUGUUUCUUGUGGAAAAAUAAAUGUGCCCUCGAUCGGGGUAGUUUGUUUGA